GUUAGCUACACAAGUACAAAUAAUUGGAGUCAAAUAAAAACAGCGGAAAAAAUCCAAGGCAGAGCUUCAGUCUCCACUCUCAAGUCUCAAGUCAAUGUUAAUCUUCCUUCCCAACCAGUCGUUGGCGUCGUUUCUUUCUUCUUCAAUUUCUCCUCCAUUUCAAGAAUUUGCAGAAGCAGCGCUCUCUCUCCAACUCGCUUCCGGAUUGUUUUUCCCUCAUCCGCUUGAGUGGUCGCCCGUGCAUCAACCAAAAUCCCUGUAAGAAUAUUACAUCUUUCUUUCCCCACUGUCUGAAUUAGUAAUUGGAAGUGGACGAACGAUUUCAAUUUCGCGAUACUUCGAAAAUUUCAUGCUUCGCGUUCGAGAGACCUCUCAGUUCUGGAAUUUUAUCAUCCUUCGUUUUCAUGCUUCAACUAUUUCAGUGUUUCGUUUAGGCCCUCAUUGUUCCUGAUUUUGCAUGCUCCUCUGUUUUUCUCAUCCUUCGUACAGUUCAGAUCAUAUAAUCAUUGACAUUGGUGCAGCUACCCCCUUGAAAGGAAAUAAUCAAGCAAGCGUCUGUACAAGAACUAACUGGGCUUUUGGUUGUGUGUGUUUGUUUGGGAAGGUGAGAUUUGCAUUAGCAUGCAGUUGGACAAGUAUGUCAUUUUGUUGUGACAUUGCUUAUGUGUUUUGAGUGCAUUUGGAAUUGCAUGCACAUGGAAUCUCAAAUGCAUCAAAGUGAUUCAAAUCUCAAAUACUUGGGGUAGAAAGAGUGGGGUUUUUCUUUGCACAAUUUUCACUCGAAAUACAAGGGGAACCAAACAUAGCUUUAGUGUAUUUACAGGCUUGCAGUGUAUGGUAUUUGUUCAGGAUGGAUUGACGUAAUUUUAUCGUUUCUUGUGAAGAGAUGAAUAGAGGAGUUUUGGCAACGGCUGGAUUGGUGCUUCCACCUAUUCUCCUGCACAGGCUAUGGUCGGGAAGAAGAAGUUCCAGCGCUUCAGAAACUAUUGAGGAUGCCUCUCCAGAAAAGGGUUCUAGUUCGCUCCCCCUGCCCAUUGGGGAAUAUGAGGUGUUCUUGAACUUCAGAGGCCCGGACACUCGCCAUCAAAUUACUGAUAUUCUCUACCGGUUCCUUGUUAACUUGAAAAUUCGCACAUUCAAGGAUUAUGAGGAGAUUCCGAAAGGAGAAGCGUUCCCGCCCAGUCUCGUCAAGGCUAUUGAGCAGUCCAAGAUUUUUGUUGCCAUCUUCUCAGAGAACUAUGCUCAUAGCAAAUGGUGCCUUGGAGAGCUUGCCGCAUUUGUCGAGCGGAAAGAGCAAGAGAAGGGUUGCAUCAUACUCCCCAUUUUUUACUUGGUGGAUCCGAGAGAUGUACGGUGUCAAACUGGGCCAUUCGAGAAAGCAUUUCAACAACAUGAGAAGAAGUUUGAUGAAAAGACAAGACAGGUAUGGAAAGAUGCUAUGGCCAAGGUUGGAGCUUUGGAAGGAUGGCACAUCAAAAGCAAUGAUGAGCAGGGAGCUACAGCAGAUCUUAUUACUGGCAAUAUAUGGUCACAUUUAAGCAAGACCUAUUCUGUAAUAGACACUGAUCAUCUGAUUGGUAUUGAUCAUCACACAGAUGCAAUAAAAGAAAGAAUGACUCUCGACUCCGGGGGUGUGACAAUUGUUGGCAUUCACGGUAUUGGUGGUAUUGGUAAGACCACUAUUGCAAAGGCCGUUUAUGACAAAGUGGCUGCUCAAUUUGAUCGUUGUAGCUUUGUGGAAAAUAUACGGGGAAGGCUACAACAAAAAGACGGUGUUGUCAAUUUGCAGAAGCAUAUCAUCUCAGACAUUAUGAGAACGCGAUAUGCCGACUCCAUUGUCAAUAUUGGAGAAGGAUUGAGAAUUCUGAAAGAUAGAAUUUCUUGUUUCAAAUUUCUUAUUGUGCUCGAUGAUGUGGAUGAGGAAUUUGGAUUCAGUGAGAUAUUUGGAAAAAUAGAGCAUAAUGUCUCGGGAAGUAGAUUUAUCGUUACUUCCAGAGACAUAAAAGUCUUGGGUACUUUAACGGAAGAAUCCAAGCUAUAUAGAGUUCGCGAGAUGAAUCAUGCUCACGCACUUCAACUCUUCUCCAAGUAUGCUUUCAGAAAGGAUUCUCCCCCAUCAAGUCAUGAGACUUUGUCGAAAGAUAUCGUGGCUGUUGCAGCAGGACUUCCUUUGACAGUCAAGGUGGUAGGGUCACUUUUAUUCGGAGAGGAUAAAUAUAUUUGGGAAGAAAAACUGAAGCAACUAAAGAGGACUCCCGAGGAAAAGGUUGCAGAAAGGUUGAAGAUAAGCUAUGACGCAUUAAAUGACGAGGCAAAAGAGAUUUUCUUGGAUAUUGCUUGUUUCUUCAUUGGAAUGGAUACAAAGUUUCCUUCGUAUAUGUGGAGUGAUUGUAGUUUUUUUCCAACAAUUAAUAUUAAUAUUCUCAUUCAAAGGUCUAUGAUUGAUAUUGGGGAGGAUAAUAAGUUCAAGAUGCAUGAUCAGCUCAGGGAUAUGGGUAGGGAAAUUGUUCGUAAAGAAAAUACGAAGCAUCCAUGGAAGAGAAGCAGAAUAUGGUCGAAACAGAUAGCUUUGGACAUGUUACGUAAUAGAAAGGGAACAAACCUAGUUGAGGGCAUUAGAUUAAAUGAAUUUGCGGAGGAACUUGGGAAGGAAUGCUUUAUGAAUUUAUCAGAAUUAAGAUACCUUGAUGCAAAAGUGAAGAGUCUUACAGGUGACUGUAGCAUGUACCUUCCAAACUUAAGAUGGCUUCAAUUGAAGAUUAGAACUGGUGAGGUUCUUCCUAAGUUUUCUAUGGAAAACUUGGUUGUUCUUGAACUCUUAAGCCCAAUGAAAGAUGAUUGGGGAAGUUUGAUGCAUAUCAAGAUGGCAAACAAGCUGAAAGUUCUGAAAGUUUUUGGUCACUAUGGCCUGACUGCCUUUCCUGAGUUUCCUCAAUCCCAGAGCCUAGAGAUAUUACAUCUUCUAUAUUUUGGCAGUAUGUCGUCACCUAAGGACCUUGAUAUUGGGAACCUAAGGAACCUAAAUGAGCUACAGUUGCGGAGUUGUAAGGUAAGGAAGAUUAGGGGCGGAACCAUCGGCAUGUUGAAAAGGCUUCGAGUGCUUGAGUUCAGAGAUUUCUAUUGUAGGAAGAAUCUAAGAGAAGUGCUUGCUGAUAUUGGGGUCCUGCAGUUUCUUGAAAUUUUGAGAGUAGACGUGAAAAAUGGUGGGGCAGAAUAUUUAUUCCCCUGGAGGAAUUUGUUGUUGGGGAUUAAGCUUCCAACAAGUUUGAAGGUGUUACGUACCUCAUCUCCUGUUGCUAACCUUCCAGAGCUGCUGGACUUGGAGGAAAUGACAGUUGAAGAUUGUGACACAUUUGGGCUUGAGCUCCCGCCAGCCGACGGUGAUAGUAAUAUGUGGUGGAAGUUAUCCAAAUUGAUGUCUCUCAAGAUCAAGAGAACAAAGUUGUCUCUCCCAACUAGGCUGUUGCUUCCAUCGUCUCUAACCACUCUCCACAUCUUGGAGUGUCAGGAAUUGGAUUGGCUCCCUAGUUUAGAGAACCUGGAGAACUUGACUCAAUUAAUAAUCUCAUCUUGUCCCCUGAUUAAAGAGAUCCCGGGUCUUGGAAGUCUCCUUUCUUUGACUAAGUUGAGCCUUGUGGGAUGCAAGGCAUUGGAAAGGCUACCCAGCCUAGCGUCUCUGAGCAAGUUGGAUGAGUUAUUUACAUCCGCUUGCCCUCUUGUCAUAGAGAUCCAAGGGCUUGGAGGGCUGAAAUCGUUGCAACAUCUUACCAUUGAUAGUGCAGAUAAUUUAACCCGUCUCCUUGGCUUUGGAAACCUCUUGUUUUUUAACAAGUUAGAAACCAUAACCAUAACCAACUGCCCUCUUCUCACAUCACUGUCAUUCCAUGACCUUGAUGAUGGUGAUGAUGGCUGCGGUGACUGCCAGCUAACAGCUGUACUCUGCUCUUUACGAUAUCUGUCCAUCAGCGGAACCAUGUUAGUUCUGGAUAUCUUGUGCCGGAUGCUUCAGCUGGCUCAGUUCCCUAGCCUUCUGACAUUCAGUCUUAAGGUGAUGGGGAUUGAUAAUGUAGAUGUGGAGUUACCCCUGGAGUGGAUUGGAUCUAUGGAAGAGCUAGCUGAACUGACUUUGAGUGGCUUGGUCUCAGUUUGGAAACUACUUUUUCUGUCAAAGCUCCGAAACUUGAAGAAGUUAACUAUCGCUGGUGCUCCAAACCUACAGGAGAUUGAGGGACUUGCUGGUUUGAAAUCUCUGGAACACCUAAAGCUUACUGGGUGCACAUCCUUGCAAAGAUUGCCAGAAGACGACUUGUCUAGUUUGAAACAGUUGCAAAGCAUAGACAUCAGUGACUGCGCAAAUUUGGCUGAUCAAUUUACUCCGAGAAAAACAAACCUCACUGCACUCAUACGCUGGUAACCUUCUGCUUCUCCUUCCUUGACUACUCAGCCAUUAGCUCUACCAAGGAGGCAGUGAUUUUAUAUAUCAACUCUCUAAUUUCUCUUCCAGAUAUACUAAAAAUCUUUGAUGACUGAGAAACUCAUGCUCAUAUGUUUCUUGCUAUUACCUUACCUUAUACAUCUGGCUCGGAAUAAAAAGUUCGGAUAAGAUAUUCCUUAAAAUUGAAGAAAUAAAAAGUAAAAUCAUUGACAGGGAAGAGAAGAAUGGAGGCUUGACCAUAUUCGAAUUUGGGACCUUUCUCAUAUUUGAAAGGUCAUCCAUUUGGAUUUUGUGUGGAAAGCAAGAAAUUUUGCCUAAAAUUACCACGAUUGUACUACUUUGUGAUUCCAGAUUUUUGUGGUUUUUCAGGGAGGCUGUUGUGACGAUGCUCGACCCGGACAUGCUGUGGGACAGGCCAUCUGCAUAAUAUCCCUAAAUUGAGCAAAGGCUCUAAUAUCUCGUUGUUUUAUUGUUGUCGUGCCCAUGUUGCUUGCGAGCAAAUGCCGAGGUGGAGGCAUUGUGAAAAUAAUAAUCUUUCAAAAUGGUUGGUCCUCUCUUAUCCCGCACCAAAGUUUGUUCUUGUUGUUUCUUGUGGCUGGGCUGUAUUGCUGUUUGGUAGUGAUUCCUAAUUGGUAUUGUGUAUCUUGCAGCAGCUGACUGAGUUUGCGGUUCACUUUUUUGUUACACUGCCUGUUUUUCAUGCAGAUCUGGCAGGCUUUACAUUACAGCCGCCUGCAGAUUGUUGGCCCUGUGCCAGGAUGUCUUCCCUCCUUGCUUCAGGCUCCUGUGUUCCAGGAUCGUGCCUUUUCAUUCUCGUGCUCCUUCUGCAGUGCUGUUGUGAUUAUGUAGCCGUCAUAAGCUUAGCCCAGAUGAGGUUAGAAAUUGUUAUCCUGGGUUGUUUCUGUGAUGUUUGCCUAUUUGGACUUGUUUUCUUGUCCCUUGCUCUACUUUGAGUACAGGCCCCUGAUGUAAACCUAUUCUGAACUCAGGGCAUGGCUGGGCUGGUCCUCUCUCUGCAGUAUAUAGUCAAGCACAUUGUCCGAUAGACCGACCUAUAUGCCGGAAAAUCAUGAAAUUUCUCAGGCAGGCUUUACAAGCACGAAAAUUUGUCCAACCUUUGUCGGUGUGCCAUUACUCAUGAACUCGUCGAUCAGUUCCCAUUUUGAGUCCCCAUGACGACGGUUCCUUGAUCCCAUUUUAAGUUGUAACCUUGUGCUAGGUGCUGGUACGCAGAGCAAUAGUGUUGAAGAGAAAAAAAAGUUCAAUGAUACAAAUGUGGGCAACAAGUAGGGGUGGCUACAGGUUAAAUUGGCCCAAAUUGAUCCGGUUCAGUCCGGUCUUUUUGAAAAUAUAAGGACCAAAGAUUGGAUUGGAUACAAUCCGGUCUUGACUCGGUCCGAUCCCAAUUCAGUCUUGAUUUUAUAUCGAUCCCAAUUCGGUCUUGAUUUUAUAUUGAGCUUGUGGGGAUUUGAGUGGCCUAAGGCCCGAAAGGGUGAGGAGUUUGUUAAGUUUUGUACUAAGAGUUUGUUAAGUUUUGUACUAAGUGCAAAGGUUUGUGACCAUUUAUGCAAAUUAUCCUUAAGUUUUGAGUGUUGAGCUUUCUUAUCCGGUCUAUUUCCAGUUUUCGAUCCGGUCCCAAACCGUUUUUUACCUCAAAUCUAAGCCCAAAGAUUGGAUUGGAUUGUUUACUAUCCGGUCCCGAUCCGGUCUCGCUCUGGGUUAUACGGUCCGGUUUCGGGUAAAACAAACCCGGACCAAAUAGCCAGCCCUAGCAACAAGCCAACAACUAAUGUGAUCAAACUUAUUAUCUCCACCAAAGGGUUUUUUUCCCCAUCAAAUGGACAAUCAUAUUACUAAAACGACCAUAAAAAAUACACACCAAACCCCUGAAAAAUGGCCCCGAGGCAAAGCUAUGUCCGUCAGAAUGGCUCCUCCCUCUAACAUCCGUGAUGAUUUCAUCACACACCUUAUCUAGGACCACCUUAGUAUCCUCGGCAAAAGCUACCUUCGUAAUACCACUCAACAUAAACCAACACAUUACCUCCCUAAGCGCCAGCAGUUCCAUCAAGAAAGGGUCAUCAAUCUCGUCAAACAACCGUCCAGCCAUUGCUAAUGAUGACCGGAUAAUUUAACAAGAAUUUGGAUGUCAAUAGACGAAAGUAUAUUUU